AUGCCGUUUACUAAAAAAAAUUGUCACAAUACGUCACCACUUUUAGUAAAUGAAUUUAAAAAUAAAAAGUUCAGCAAAAGUGUGAAAGAUUUCUUCCCAAAUAAAUUUGGAAAUCUUCAUGGAUGUGAAAUUCGUGCUGCAAUUUCGGAUGAAUCUGAGCCAGCAGUAUUUGUUGCACAUACGAAACAUAACAAACUCAAAGUCAGUGGAAGAGACAUAAGAUUACUUCAAGGUUUGUCUGAAGUCAUGAAGUUUAGUUUGAACUUUACUUAUGUUGGUCACUCAGGAUAUUUCUUUGCAAAUGGAACAUCUAAAGGUCCAUUAAAAGCUCUUCUUAAUAAAGAAGCAGAUUUGUCAAUAUCUGAUUGGUAUUUGAAGGAACAUCGAGCAGCUUUCUUUCAAAAUUCUGUUCCAUACUUCAGUGAGAAACUCGUGUUUGUUGUACCACCUGGGAAGCCUUUGUCACCGAUUGAGAAAUUGAUUUAUCCGAUGACUUUGCAUGCGUGGAUUUUACUUUUAACUUGUUACUCCUUCGGUCUUGUAGUCAUCUUUGUUGUUGGUAGAUCUUCAAUUAAGUAUCAACAUUUUGUGUUUGGGCGCGACAAACAAAAACCGUACCUGAACAUGUUUGCAGCAUUUAUCGGAGUUUCUGAUCAUGCUUUACCUAAAAGGACUUUCGCAAGAUUUCUUCUCAUGAUGUUUUUAAUAUUCUCUCUCGUCAUUCGAUCAUUUUACCAAGGUUCAUUCUAUCAGCUUUUAAAAUCAAACAAACAUCAUUUAAAAGUACAAACAAUUGAUGAAAUGAUUAAAAAGGAUUUUACUUUUUAUGUUUACUCGGGAUUAUCUGACUUGUUUCAAGGAACUGAAGGGAUCAAACGAAGACUUGUGAAGAUCUCCAUAGAAGAUAAAAUUUCAUAUGCCAACAGAAUAUUAAAUAAUCCUGAAUUCCUUGGAGCUUUAGGUGAUUCAAUGACAAUGAUAGCUUUUCAUAAUCAAAAGAUGUCUGAAGACUUUCGUUAUCUCAUUUGUCAUGACGUUGUUCUCAUCGCUCCAAUUGUAAUGUACACCUUGAAGGACUUUUAUCUUCUUAAUGAAAUCAACAGCAAUAUUGAUGUCUUCACUGCAGCUGGACUUGUUGACUUGUGGCAUUAUCGAGAUAUUGAUAAACAAGCUUUAAAAAUUAAAAGUUUUGAUAAUCCAAAAGUUUUGAGUUUAAUCCAAUUGACAGGAUGCUUUCAAGUUUUAAUUUUCGGAUAUUCAAUCAGCUUAAUCAUUUUCAUGGGUGAAAUAUUAUUGCGGUCGUUUUCAAACACGACUUUAAUUAAUUACAUGGAAGCAUGA